AUGCUGAUCGCCCAGCUCUUCGGCACUGUGAUGAACGUGAUGACCCGCCUCCUCGAAGUCCAAGCCAACCAAGGAAAGGGGAUGCAUCCUCUCCAGAUUCUCUUCACGCGCAUGGCGCUCACCAUCGUCUGCGGAUGCACAUACAUGUACGUGACCAAGACGCCACAUUUCCCCUUCGGCGCGCCCGAAGUCCGUAGACUCCUAGUGUUGCGGGGUUUCGCGGGCUUCUUUGGUGUGUUCGGGAUGUACUAUUCCCUGAUGUAUUUGCCUUUGGCCGAGGCGACGGUCAUCACGUUUCUGGCGCCGGGAUUGGCGAGUUGGGCGUGUUCAAUUCUCUUAAGUGAACCCUUCACCCGGACGGAGAAGAUUGGAGGUUUAGUCUCGAUGGCAGGAGUCGUCCUGAUUGCUAGACCGGCGACGAUCUUCCAAGUUUUCGGACAGACCCAUGCCGCCGUCCAUUCAGAUAAGGCGAAAGUGAUGAUCGCGGAUGGAGAUGUCUCGGAAGUCGUCGCACGAAUGGCCGUAGGCGAUCUGGACAGUGUUACGCCGCUGCAAAGGCUCAGCGCUGUUGGCGUCGCCAUGCUGGGAGUCCUUGGUGCCGCCACUGCCUACACCGUCCUUCGCUGGAUCGGGAAACGAGCACAUCCGCUCAUCAGCGUGAAUUACUUCGCGAGCACUACUUUUGUCGUAUGCUUAAUACUUCAAAUUGCUCUGCCGGAGGUGGGAUUCUUGCUCCCGACUGACCUGAAAGAUUGGAGUUACCUCAUCUUCCUGGGAGUUUGCGGAUUUAUCAUGCAAUACCUCCUCGUCUCCGCCCUAGCGUACGAGAAGUCAUCUCGCGCCACCAACUUGAUCUAUGUACAAAUGCUGUUCGCCCUCGGCGCCGACCGACUGGUCUUUGGCCACUCUCCCGGUUUGCUGUCCAUUCUAGGCUCAAGUCUGAUUCUAGGCUCGGCAAUGGUCGUCGCCCUACAGAAGAGUGUCGGGAAAGCUGCUAGUCCAGAUUAUGGCGAUGCCGGAGGAGCGGGAGAUGAGGAAAGUCAGAUGAGUCUAAUCAGUGGAGAUCAUCCCGCGGAGCAUGUCGUUGCGCCGAUGACUGCUGGCAGAUAG